UAUUAGUAACUCGCCAAGACCACAAACAGCUUGACACGUCGAAUACUGACUUCAUAGCCGUCCAAUUGCGAAAUUAGAUUUCGUUUGUUAUUAACUAAACAAAUCCUGACAUCUCAUGACAUGUAAUGUGUCUAGCCAGUUAAGCAUGUGUACAAAUGUGCAAGAUUCUGCAGUGCAGAAAAUCAUUCCAACUGAGUCAUUACUUGUGAUAUUUUCUUCCCCAGUUAUUUAUUUCCACCAUAAAUAUGGAAAAUAUUAUUUAUUCAAAGACAUACAUAACAAUGGAUACUUUCCGACGACUGCAUCCCGGAGUGCAAGUUUUGAUUGUCCUGUGCGCCCUCGUUUUCGGUCUUUUUCUCGUCUUUUUGGUGGCAUUCAUUUUUGCCAUCUUGAUCAAUGGGAUCCUAUCCAUCGUUUUUACCUUGGCUAGUCUUGUCGUGGUUUGUUUGAUGAUGUGGUUUAUCCUCAGAUUGGAAGCAUAUCAAAUUUAUCGGAAAACCGUGAGGCUGGUGUGGAGUCCUCGAUCAAACCGCAGAUACCAGAAUGAACUUGAGGAUUGGUCUUGGCGACGGGAACGUGAUUGCUACUUAAACUAGUAAAAAUAUGUGUGUACACAUUGCCACGGUGCUGGUCGAGUGAAUAAAGGAGAAAAUUUGAAUUUUGUCAUGUCAAUAUA